AUGGGGCUUUUAAAUGUACGGGAACUCCUGCCGUUCCCUGGCAACGGCGACAACUCAACGGAUACGAUUAUCAAUGGCGUGCACUUCAAUACCACAGCACUCGAACACUGGAACUACACCCUCUACAGCAACAACACCAUUUCAAACAACUCGAGAUGCUUCAUCAUAUUCGAAAAAUACCAGCCACACUUCCUCAGCAACGGCAGCUGGAUCAACGCGACGACAUGCUAUGUACCGAUAAACGGCAUCGGCACGCGCGGAAAAGUUGGCAUCACCUUCGCGGCUCUCUUCACCGCCACCGUAAUGUUCACUUUGAUCAACCUCCGCAAACACGGGAAGAUGUAUCUUCGAGAAGAUAAGAGAUUCCGAAUCAUCGGCAGGCGGUGGCAGUGGUAUUGGAUGUUGUUUGUGGCGGGUUGUGCGAUGAUCAGCACCAUCACGGGCAUUGACAUUGAGCGUAAUUACCUGCAGAGCACCGCUAUCAUCCUGCAGAGCUUCUUCUAUUCUCUCAUGUUCCCCGGCACCCUCGCUAUGGUCUGGGAAGCCACGCGGCACUGGGGCUCCUGGCAAGAGCGUCAGAUUUGCGAUAUCGACCCAUACCGGCUACCCCAGGAUGACAAACGUAGCAAAAUCGAAUUCUAUCUGCCGCUGGUCUUCUAUCUAUUCGCUUGGAUGAACUUCUUCAUGACCAUCCCGCGGUCGUGGACAAACAUCGAGCGCCAAAGAUCAGCGUGGCAGCAGGCUCACUUCGCCGAGACAUCAGCUACGGAUGCUCGGUUCAAAGCCGGAGCCAUCAUAGGCGUCCUAGCCUGGUUCGUAAUACUAUACUCGCUCCGCCACUCCCUUCACUACUACAAGCCGCAAGCGACCGGUCUCUGGAACAAGUUCAACAACUUCUGCCACCACUGCCCGACAAAACUCUUCCUCAUCAACCUCAUCCUUGCAAUCCGCCUCGCCUACUCCAUCGCAUCCGCCUGGAUCUGGCGCAUCAGCCUCCUCAAAUACGACGUCGACCCAGUCUGGCCCUUUGCGCUCGGCUACGCGCCGACCCUGCUGAUCAUGAUCGUCCUAAUCAUCUACGGCUACAUCGAGGAGAACGAAGACAAGCAGCUCAUCGCUAAACGGCGCGAGCGCGGCCGCUCCAUCGACUCCGAGCUCGGCAUCGUCAAGAAGCCGAGCUGGUGGCGCAAGAUGAAUGGCGGCAACUUCAUGGAUCCGGAGGCUAGGCUCAGGGCCAUGACGACGGAGGUCGGGGGCGGGAGGCCGACUGGUCGGAAUAUUCGCGCCAAUGUGGAGUUGGGCAAUAUGAAUGUCGUGAGGAAUCGCUCGAGGACGAGGCCGUCGGAUAACCCGUUCGCGGAUCCAAGCCCGACGGCGAGCGAGAGGAGACCUUCGGUAGGCAGGACGGAGAGUGAUGCUGGUAGCACGAUGACGGGCGCGACGGGCGCGACGGGGAUGACGGGGAACACGUUGACGGAGACUGCGCAACCGCAGAGGAUUAGGAGUAUGUUGGACAUUUGA